AUGACGCCCACUCAAGCCGCCGAACAGGAGCUGCAAGCCUCUUUGCUCCGCAUCUCGAUCAUCUGCGCAUCCUCGAUUCAGUCGUUGCGAGAGCCCGUCCAGCCUACCAUCCUCCCUGCCGACCCUCAAGACGCUUCCACCUCCUCAUACUCAUCGCCCCCCAAGGCAGACAAGCUGUCGGCGCAGAUCGUCUCGGAUCUCACCCAGCUUCUCACCCUCGUCCAGAAGCACUCCAACAACCUCGCCAUUGCUCUCAAGCCCAGCUCCAAGUCUUCAACAACAACCGCGCCUCCGUCCACCGGCGCUGCUGCUUCGCCCGUCUCAGGCCUCGACGUAAAGUCGCUCGAAGCUGCCCAGGCGCAGAUCGUCUCUUUAGGCUCCGAUCUCCUCCCAAAGAUCGUCUUUCUUGCAAAGAAAGCGUGGAAGGACCGCGAGGUGUUCCAGCAGCGUCCUAAAUCCGAUCAAAAUGAUCCGGCUCAGAUCGAGGAAAGGCGCAAGCUCGAACAGCUCGCAAAAGAGAUGGGCGGCCAGCUCAUGUCCGCCGACCAGCUCGGCCUGCCACCAUCGCAGCGAGACGAUCUCGACAAAAAGCUCGAUUACUCGCUCGGCAACUCGUUCGCUCGCGAGAUCCGUUCCGCCGUUGAAGACGUCGUUGGCUCCAUCGCAGACUUGCUUCACUCGCUCCUCGACGACCGCGCCAAAAAGGCACUCGAGACCGCUUCUCAGGCUCGCGACCGUGCCGAAGGUAUCAUUGCUGGUGUCAGCAAGAAGCUUGAAUCGCUCUCGGUCAGCGCCAACUCCGACCCUACCGAACUGCGCAAGCGCACCCUCGCUGCCAAUAAUCUCGUCUGGGAGACGUGCGCCAAGUACAUCGGCGAGAGGAACGCAGAUGGCACCGCACGCACCGUCACUUCGGUCGCUCCCAACGGCGUGCGCACCAAGGUUCACGUCAAAGGUCUCAGCAAGUCCAACCUGGAGGCAUGCAAGCGCAGCUGGAACAACCGCGUCGAACUCAUGCGCGACGGCCUUCAGGAGCUCAAGGAGGGCAUCGAAGCUGAUCAUUCGCAUGCAGUGGCGGAAAAUGAGGACGAUGACAUCGACGAAUUCUCCUUCCCCGCCGCUACACCUCUCUCGCCCGAGCAGAAGGAUCGUCUCCGCCAGCUCUCAAACCUGGUCAAGAUAGGCAACCUCACACAUGAAAACAUCCUCAAAGAGAUCGCCAAAUCUUCUGCCGCUCAGGACAGCAGCAGAAUUGACUUGGACGAGGUCGAGGAGCUCGGCAAGCAGCUCGAAGAGGCUCAGGACGAACUCGUCGCUGCUUGCCUGUAUGGCGAGGCCGAUGCGGGUCUUGAGAUGAAGAUGUUUGACCACGAUGCCGAGGAUGGUGGGGACGACAAUGCAGACGGCGCUGCUGGCGAGGACGCCGAUGCUGAUCUCACCGACGAACAGGCCAUCGAAAAGGCUAUUUUGCGCACCUUUGAGCUGUACGUCCAGGCCGUGGUCGGCCUAUCUGCCUACGUCACGGACCGCGAGGAGCUGGUCGAGAAGGUCAACAUCGCCAGCGCUACCGACGAAGAGGGCGACUUUGCCAACGUGUUUGCCGCCAAGUUCAAUUCGCUCUCCAAGGUGCUCUCUGAAGCCAGUUCAGGAAUCGUUGUUGCAACGUCGUCCGUCUCUGCCGCUGCGAACACCAGUCAGACACGCUCCGCCGUGCAGCACAAACCGGUCGUCCAGGCCAACGACGACUUCAAGGUCGACGUCUUCCUCAAGGAGCUUCGCGCGAUCGCAGACAAGCUCGGUCCAGAUGCAAAGAUUACCGACCGUGCUGUGGCCGAACACCUCGACAGCGCCGAUCCCCUGCACCGCAUGCGCGAGGGCUACAUCCUGCCCACCUUCAAAGACGUAUGCAGCUCCGACUACCCGUCCAAUUCGGCCGAAACAGCACCUGACGCAGAGUCGCUCUACAUGUGCGGCAACUCGCUGGGCCCGCUGUCGCGCCUGGGCAAAAAAUACCUCGAGCAAGAGAUCGAGGCUUGGGGUCGCAAGGCGGUGCUGGGUCACUUUGAGCACCCGUACGGCACGCCGUGGACACAGAUGGAGAAGCGCGUCGGCGAACUUUGUGCCGAUGUCGUCGGUGCCAAGCAGUCCGAGGUGGUGGUCAUGGGCACAUUGACGGGCAACUUGCACUCGCUGAUGGCUACAUUUUAUCGCCCGGCUGCGAAGCCGUUUGGUGUUGGAUUCACUGGAGACGUGGAAGCGGCCAAGAAGGAGGGCAAGAAGAUCCGGCACAAGAUUAUUUUCGAGCAGAAAGCGUUCCCGUCGGACCAGUAUGCGCUUGCCUCGGUCAUCGAGCUCAACGGCUUCGACCCUGCGACCUCAAUGGUGCCGCUAGUGCCCAAGGGCGGAAGCAAGACGCUCGAGACCGCCGACAUCCUGGCCACCAUCGAACAGUGCGGCAAGGAGGGCGAAACGGCUAUGGUGCUGAUCGGAGGAAUCCAGUACUUCACGGGCCAGCUUUUCGAGCUCGAGAAGCUGGCGGCCAAAGCGCACGAGUAUGGCAUCCUGUUCGGUGUCGAUCUCGCGCAUGGGUUCGCCAAUGUUCCGCUGGCGCUGCACGACUGGGGCAUCGACUUUGCGUGCUGGUGCACGUACAAGUACGGCUCGUCGGGACCCGGAGGUAUCGCCGGGCUAUUUGUGCACGAAAAGUGGCACCAGGCCAACUUGACUAGGCAGGCUGGAUGGUGGGGGCAUGAGAAGGAGACGCGCUUCUCGAUGCCGGACAAGUUCGUGCCGACCCGCGGUGCAGAAGGGUGGCAGACGUCGAAUCCGUCGAUGCUGGACAUGGCCUCGCUAAAGGGGUCGCUCGAGACGCUGCUCAAGGCCACGGAGUAUGGUGAGCGCAAUGCGGGUGAUGAAGGGCUGACGGGUGAGGGUAAGCAUGGUAGGGGCACGAUCAUGCCGAUACUCAGGAGCAAGAGUCUGCGUCUCACGGCGUACCUUGAGGCGUUGCUACUCAGCCCUGGAUUCUUCCCCGAAGACUUCGACAUUCGAGUGGUCACUCCGCGCGAUCCUAUGCAGAGGGGCAGUCAGCUGUGUAUUCAAAUCCCCGAUCCUCCCGCCGCCGCCGAGAAACCAAAGCAGAAGCAGGAGGCACAGCCGAAGUCCAACGGCAAGGAUGUCCCGCCUCCGAUCGACGGCAAGCGUCUCAUUGCACGGGCUCAUAGAAGGGCGGAGAAGCAGCAUGGGCUGGUCGCGGAUAUCAGACAUCCUGACAUGCUGAGGUUGGCACCGUUGGCUCAGUUCUCGACCUUUACGGAUGUGUGGAGGACCGCGGAUGUGUUGAGGUCGAGUCUGUUGGACGAGGUGUUGGCGAGCAAGAGUGGGUAG